GUUUCCCAAUAUCAGCUCUCCAUCCAGCAGCUGUUUGGGUAUCCUGCUGUUGCUCAUUGUCCUCCCAUGUCCCACCCAGCGGAGCUUUGUUGAGAUUCGAUGUCCUGAGCAGCCCGCUCUAAGAUGAAGCUAUGGAAGUUGACAGCUGUCUUCUCCAUGAUCUGCAGCUCCAUGCUGUCCGUCUGGGUGUGUAGAGACACAUUUCGCACUGGCCGACAACUCAGCUCCGCUCGGCCUCCCGCCAACCGGGGAGGCAUCCGCAGAUCCCCCCGGGCCCUGGACCACUGGAGACCCCUGAUCUCUCAGUACCGAGCUCUGUUCGAGAGCUACACCGAGGGCGAGAUCCGUGAACUCGUCGCCACGCUGGUGGAGCGCUACAGCCCGACCAUGAACUCCGGCAGGCACGAGCUGCCCCUCCCGCUGGGCCGGGCCGGGGCGCGGCGGAAGCGGGCCCGGGCCCGUCACAAACCCUGCGGGCUGCGGGAACUGGAGGUGAGCGUGAACGAGCUGGGGCUGGGUUACGUGUCGAAUGAGACGGUCCUCUUCCGCUACUGCAGCGGCACGUGCGAGACGGCCGUGCGCGUCUACGACCUGGGGUUGCGCCGGCUGCGGGAGCAGCGGCGGGUGCGCAAGGAGAAGGUGCGAGCCCAGCCCUGCUGCCGCCCCCUCGCCUACAACGGGGGCGUCUCCUUCCUGGACUCCAAGAACCGCUACCACACGGUCAGCGAGCUCUCGGCCAAGGAGUGCGGCUGCAUGUGA